AUGUGGCCAGUGUCCAUGGCCUCUAGCUUCCAGAGAUCACCAAUGGCUUCCAGCAACCAAUGCCAUAAAAAGCAUAGCACAGGGGAAUUUCAUCAAGCGCAAGUGGUGGUGGUUCUAGUACCUUUCCCUGCACAAGGCCAUCUAAACCAGCUUCUCCACCUUUCCCGCCUAAUCCUGGCAUAUAACAUACCAGUCCAUUAUGUGGGCACACCAGUCCACAACCACCAGGCCACAAUUCGUGUGCAUGGCUGGGACCCUAAUUCCAUCUCAAACUUUCACAGCCAUGACUUCAAAAUUCCUCCUUUUGUUUCUCCUCUGCCCAACCCCAACGCGGAAACCAAAUUCCCAUCCCAUCUCCUACCCUCUUUUGAGGCCUCUAUGCAUCUCCGCCAGCCCGUAGCCAUGCUUUUACGAUCCCUUUCAUCUGUGGCUCGAAGGGUCAUAGUGAUACAUGACUCCCUCAUGGCAUCAGUCGUGCAAGAUGCUACUGACAUAGCAAAUGCAGAGACCUACACUUUCCACAGUGUCUCUGCCUUUGCCAUGUUCUCGUUCUUUAGGGAGGGAAUGGGAAAACUUUUGGGGGAAUUGGAUGGCAUCCAUAUCCCAGAAGUUCCUCCUCUUGAGGGAUGCUUCACAACUCAAUUCUUAGAUUUCAUUUCUGCACAACAUGAAUUCCAUAAAUUUAGCAGUGGAAAGCUGUACAACACAACCAGAGCAAUUGAAAAUCCUUACAUGGACUUGAUAGAACGCAUUGACUGCAGCAAGAGGCACUGGGCUAUGGGACCCUUAAACCCACUAGCAAUCGGGAAGAAGAGCUCUGAUGACAGGCACCUUAGCUUGGAGUGGCUUGAUAGACAAGAGCAAAAAUCAGUUUUAUAUGUGUCUUUUGGAACAACAAUCACAUUAACCAAGGAACAGAUCAAACAGCUUGCAAUUGGGUUGGAAGCAAGCAAGCAGAAGUUCAUUUGGGUGUUGAGGGAUGCUGAUAAAGGGGACAUUACUGAUGGAGAACUUAGAAGAGCUGAACUUCCACAGGGCUUUGAAGAACGAGUAAAAGGGGUAGGCUUAAUUGUAAGAGAUUGGGCCCCCCAAUUGGAGAUUCUAAACCACCCCUCAACAGGUGGGUUUAUGAGUCACUGUGGAUGGAACUCGUGCAUGGAGAGCAUUACUAUGGGGGUGCCAAUUGCAGCAUGGCCUAUGCACUCAGACCAGCCAAGGAACGGGGUUCUGAUAACUGAAGUGCUUCAAGUUGGUUUAAUGGUGAAGGAAAGGACUCAGAAAGAUGAGUUGGUGACUGCAUCAGUUGUUAAGAAUGCCGUGAAUAGAUUGAUGGCGACAAGUGAAGGUGAUGAGAUGAGAAAGAAGGCAAUGAACAUGAAAAAAGUUAUCCAGCAGUCAUUGGAGGAAGGAGGAGUUUCUUCCUUGGAAAUGAAUUCUUUCAUUGCUCAUAUCACAAGAGUUUAGCCAUUGGCGCAAUUGAGAGAAUGCAGGUAUAGAAGAGGACGUGGC